AUGAGAGGAUUGCAAGACGAUUUAUUGUCGCUAACAAUUAACUUAAUCAACUUCAUCUCUUUCAACAAGUUUUAUUCAAAACAUCAACCAGAAGAUUUGAUUGCUGCGCUAACGAACCUUAAAUCGUUCGAGGAAUCAAAGUUUAUUAUAAAAAAAACAACGAAAAAUAAAUAUCAACGUUUAGUUUGUUAUCUUCUAGUUGGAGUUAAUUUUAUCUCAAUCUCUCGUUGGUUAAUUCUUGGGAUAACCAACAAUCAAUAUCUACAAUUUAUUCUUGGUGAUUAUUUCGCAAAAUCUGAUGAACGAGUGUUUCUCAAUUGCCUUUGCUUUAUAGCCGCUAAAUUAGUUCUCGCGAUUAACAUUUACAAUAUUAUUCUCAACAAUUAUAUCGACUCACCUUUUAUCGAAGUUCUGGAAAACUAUGUUUCAGGUAUUCGAAACUCGAAGAAAGUCUUUUUCCUGUCACCUCAGUUCGAAAAACUUUUCAGAACUUGGUUUAUAUUCGGAGUAACCAAAAUACCCUUUUUCGCUCAUAGUUUCAUUCAUCUGUUCACAAUAAGCCACUUUGCAACCGCUUAUACGGUCACUUCAGAUCUCGAGUCACUUCUCAUCCAAUUUGCAUUCGUUUUCGUCGUUUUUUAUUUUUUACACUUCAGUAUAAUUCAUGGCUUUUGGCUCUUUAUUCAUUUCAUCAUUACUGUUUCAUUCACAUAUUAUCAAUUAAGCUCAUUCUCUACUCGUUCAUAUAUUGAGUCAAAUUGUUUCAAAAAUCAAUAUCAUUUUCUUAACGAAUUACAAAAGUUCAACAAUUGGCUCGAUUCGUUCAAUAAGCAAAUUCGCUUACCGACUCUUGUCCUUUUCUCUUAUAUAACUUGUCUAAUCACUUUGGUCAUUUUUUAUGCUUCGCAACAUCAUUUCUCCAUCAUUUGGAUGAAUUAUCUGUUUCGAGUUGUAAGCGUUUUCUUUUUUGUUACUAAUUCAUAUUUUAAUUAUCUCUUCUCAUUCGUCUCCAAAUGUGUUAGUACUAUUUCAAUCUAAUAUUAUAAGUACAGUUUAUCGAAUCAAUCAUCGAUGAAAAUAAUAUUCACUUGUAAUUUGCAGGGUGGAAAAAUUCAUUUGAUGAUUUAUAACAUUUCAACAGCCAACGAUCUGGACAUUAGAUUGAAGUUGAAGAGACUCGAAGUUUUAGAUCGAUUAGCUUAUCGAAAAAUUGGUUUAUACAUGAACGACAGCAUUUUGAUCUGCAACCAUUUUGUAGUAAUCUACUUAAUGGAAUCAAUUGGAUUAUAUUUACUUAUGUGCGCAAACUUUAACCGUUUCACCACAAAUUAUUGACGGAAGAUCCAUUCUCGGGAUUUAAAAUCGCCAUCAGAAUUAUCUCUGAGCUUUUCAUAUCGUUCUUUUCAAAUCUCAAAUAUUUUAUUUCAUUAUGGUAACCUUCAAAUAACCUCUAAAUUUUUUCGUUAGACAAUAAUCUUUAGCAAGCUUAGAGUUAGAGCUUAGUACCAAGCAAGAUCUUAAGGUCAUGAAGGUCGCGAAUAAGGUGAUGAUGGUUAGUUUUGUUAUCUGGAUUGAUUAAACUGUUUUCUUGAGAAAGGAUUAUCCAAAACAUAUCUUAUCAAACCUUAUUUUGUAACCAUUAUCAUCACUUUACUCUGACCCAACUGACCAUUGGUCAAAGAUAAGAUGAGGAUGAUGAAAAA